UAAACUUGUCAAGCUACAAGCGCGAUCACAGCGAUCCUAGGCUGUCAUUCUGCAGGCUUCGAUUGUUUGCUUCACUGUUUUCUAAUAUUUUAUUUUUCACUGUUGUAUCUAUUUUUAUAUCGCGUUUUAAUUACAUUAUUUUGCAAUAGGUUAUCUAAUUUUAGUUGUGUUGUAGGAAUUUGUGUUUUAGUAAAUUAUUUUUUAGGAACAAAACGUAACAUAAAAAAAUCGAAGAUACCUUCAUGUUAAUAAAAAAAUAUUUAAAAACAGCUGUGUAAGAGUGAAAAUAAAAUAGCGCGCCAAUGCCAAACGUUGUGGGUAACACAUCGAUGGACUGGGAGUGUUUUAUUCGGUGGGACUAUGUUGUUUCUCAGUGCCUUAGCGAUCGGGAUGAUUACUGGUUUACAGAAUGUCUCAGAGGUGCCCACGACGGAGAGUGACGUAGAGUCAACCACAGACAUGGGGUUGUUGGAGGCUACAUCGAGGGCUCCCACCCCUAAUGAUUUUGUGAAUGUUACAAUACAAGAGAGACCCUCCAUGUGGGAUGUGUACUUAAAUCACUGCCCGAAGUGGCGUCCCAUUAACCAUAUAUUUUUUCAGACGGCCAAUGUGUUCUUUUUAUUGUCGUUCCUUGCACCGCACACUCCAAGUGGUCUUAUAUGGUUACGAGUAGCCCUUAUCCUGGGGUGCUCAUUCUCAGGAUUGUGGGCUUGGAGUGUUGAGUGUUACCUAGACGCUGUUGUGUGGAACUGUGUGUUUAUUGUCAUCAACUUUGUAUACUUCUCCGUGCAGUUCUACUUAUUGAGGCCAAUAAAAUUCCAUAAGGAUAUUGAGGAGGUUUACCUGGCGUUGUUCAAGCCGCUGCGAGUGUCCCGCCUUCAGUUCCGUCGCGUGUUGAUGUGUAUGCGCAACGUGAGACAACUCAAGUGUCACGAACUGUACGCCCACGAGAAGGUCACCAAGGUGGACAGUCUCUCGCUGGUGCUCUCCGGAAAGUUGGUGGUAUCUCAGAACCAGCGAGCCCUGCAUAUCGUGUUCCCACACCACUUCCUGGACUCUCCCGAGUGGUUUGGGGUUUCGACGGAUGAGUUCUUCCAGGUGUCUAUAAUGGCGAUGGAGGAGUCUCGUGUGUUGGUUUGGCAUCGCGACAAGUUGAAGCUGUCCAUCAUGUCGGACGGAUUCUUGCAGGCUGUGUUCGAUCACAUUCUAGGGAGGGACGUCGUUCAUAAACUCAUGCAGGUGAGCGAAACAAUGUCUGUCAGUAACGGUCACUUACCUAACAGCUAUGAGGAGGGAGAGGAUAAACCCAUGCUGGUUGUGAAGAAAGCUGGUGAUGGACCUGGAAUCACCGCGUUAUUGAACAGACAGCUGCAAGGGGAACACGCCCCGCUCCUGCGUGCGACGCCCUCCCACGCCUGCUGAACUACGGAACCCCCAAUCUGAACCUAGACCCCUCAUAUCCAACCCACACUACAAUACCCAACCCCAUAUUGUAACCCCCGAUGCUAUAUAACUAACAAUUCCCGACAUGCCCCAUAGUAUAAAUGGUUUUGGUUGAAUAAAAUGAAAUUAUGGACAUAUUGGCCUCGGACAAUCUUAAUUGAUAAAUUUAUAUAUAUAUUUUUAUUAAUCUGACAUCUACCUAAUUAUUAUAUAAUUCUCUCAUUGAAUUAAUGUUAUGUUAAGAUUGUCUUUAUAUUAUUUGAAUCCUACUCCGUCCCUCUCCAUAUCUAAGGAUGUAUAAAGUGUAUUCGUGAUAUAUUUGGAUAUUAUUUGUCUAAUAUUAUUUUUGCUCAAUUUUGUUCCCUAAAAAUAUUUUUGACUUAUAUAUCUCUAAUCAGUACUUCUACAGAUCUUAAUUCAACAUAUUAUCAUAUAAUAACAUUAAAGAUAACAUCAUGUAUCCUCCUUAUUAUAUCAUCUAUUAAAAAAAAAAACAGAAAUGCACAUAUUAUUAAAUAGUAUUAUUAGGUGUUAAAAAAAAAGUGUUUUAAGGUAAAUAUUAGUUAUAAAACAGCUACAUCAUAUUUAUCUGUAUUUAAGGCAGCAGAUACAAUAUUUAUAUGCAUGUAUUCUCCUAGUCCUAUGUUAUAUUUAAUUACCUGUGUACUAUAUGUGGGUCGAGAUAAACUUGCUUGGCUUAGUCAUUGUUGGUAGAAUAUAUUUGUAAACCUUGCACAAUUGCUUUAUCAUGAUUAUAGUGUUUCAACUUGCUUCUUGUUGGAUUAAGAAUUGAAUAAAAAUCAUUAAGGCUGCUAUAAAGUUUUCAACUUAACAAAAUGGCUGAACAAGUUUUGUAUAUCUUGACCUGAUCCUGAUGCUUUAAAAAUCUUGUUACCUUCAUUUCAUUAAAUUAAGGUAUAAUUAAAGCUUUAUAAUAUAAUUAAUUAAUUAUAAUCCUACAAGCCCCAUCCUUAAAGUCCAUAAUCCGUAAGCAUGUUGGAAGAUCGACAAUGUCCAGCGACAGAUCCGAACGCGUGGCGUUUAGGACGAAUCGACGAAACAGAUCACGAAACACCCGUUUGAGGGCAAGCAUUGCACCUAGCGGUCCAACCGCGGAACCGUGAUCGCUAGUGCAUACAUGCAUUCGAGGGUAAUGAUAUUAACGAACAUUAUUACGACGUGAACCGAACUGUAUAUGUCUCUAUACAUAAAUGGUGUUCAAAUUGUAACAGACCAUUACCCAAGAAAAACUUUUUUAUAAAAAUUAAAAGGUGAUAAAAAACUAUGUACAUAAUCACAUCAACGUAGAUAUCAUAGAAAGUUAAAUUUUUAAAUUCGGGUAAGGUUGAGAAACUAUGAAGAUUUGAUAUAUAACUUUGAUAGAUUAAAUUGUGAAUAUUGACUAUUUUGUUAUUUCGGGAAACUUUUUUCAAAUAAGAGAAAGAUGAAAGUAUUUUAACUCAAAGAGAAUGUUCGGGAACACGCAGCUAUUGAAAGGGUUGAUUAAAUUCACGACAUAUUACUGUUAAUAACUAUAUUAUAGCAUCUUAACAAUAUCCUUUUAAAAGCUUUAAUUAUAAUCAACAGUAUAGAUAGACAUUAGAAUAUCACUGUUCAAUAUGUGAAAACAAAGACGUUUGGUGCUUUAACUAGCGACAUCUUACAGUUAAAAGAAAAUCGAUUUACAUGUCUCUGCGACUUUAAGCAAUAUAUGAUCACGAAAUUAGAAACAUUAUUUUGUGUAUACUGUAUAUGUAGAUAGAAAUGAAUUGAUGGAAUUAACUCGCUCUUAUUUUUAUAAAGUAAUGAAAUAGAGCGGGAUGUCUACACGCGAUUGUAUUUUGUGUAUCGGUGUAAAGUUAAAGUUACUUGUAAAUAAAUAAGUAUCGAACUGUAUGUACAAAUAAAAUCGAUUCUACUUACGGUAAAAUGAAAUCGUUUAAGUGUUGCCAUUUAAUUACGAGCAUAUUUUUAUUUCAACAUAAAUUCAUCGAGUUUUAGCAAUUUGCUUACACUAAAGUGACAAAGAAACGAUUUUUAAUAUAGAGCACAAGUUUUGUGAAGAUACAAUACAGUUCAUGAAAUAAUUUGCUCUGUCAUAUCGUUUAUAUAAGAUACGAGUCUUAUAGUUGCGAUCGGCAUAAUAUGUGUAAUGCAGAAGUACAUGUAGCUUAGUAAAUAAGUGCGCUAGUUAUUUUGUUCAUAAUAUAUAUAUUUUGUUUUCGGUUGUAAUCAUUCCAUAUGUUUAAACGGUAUUAUUUUUACUUUACAACGAUUUAGUUGAUAUAAAUGUUGUAAAAUUUUCUUUAUUAAAAUGAACUAAUAUUAAAUGCACUGCCAUUGCAAGGAAAAAAAAUAAUAAUUUGUAUAAGGUGUGUUGUGAAGGGUAAACAAUAGAAGGAUCUCGAUGUAUUUUUUAUUGGCCUAUUCGUUGUAAGAAUUUUUUUAUUGCCACUUAUUUUCUAAUUAUUGUUUGCUCGAGAGAUUAUUAUUUUUAUGAAUUAAAAUUGAUUUUUUAUUGAUUUUGAAAAAUAGUACCAUUAUUUACUUCAUUUCUGGUUUCUGACUUGUUGACUGAGUGGGCUAUUUUUAAAUUCAUUUGCUAUAAUUAAUGACCAAUUGUGUUAUGUCACUUUAAAUUAGUUUUAUUUCAUUCAGUCAACUAAAAUGUUGUUUUUCCACCUGUGACACAUAGCUUUUGUGUUGUGUGCUUGACUGUGUGAUCUUAGAAAGCCUUACCAUGCAAUUUAUGAUGAAUGUGAAUUUGGUUACAUCAUUGUAGUACGUUGAAGGAUAGAUAUAAAAAAUAAAAUAUUGAAUUGUGUAUAAAA